GUCACGAAAGGGCCUCAAACGAAAGGUGGACGCCCUGAUGCGAUGACGCCCCUUCAUGCGGCGGUGGCGUCUUCUGUUCUAUUUCGCUUAGAAUUUUGAGAGUUCGAGAGCAGUUAUGUUGGAUGCAGAAUUCGAACUGAAGCAGGCUGGUGAUUAUGGCCGGUAUCAACAGCUGCUCUUCUGGUUGGUGUUCUUGCCAUCGCAGCUGCCUUACGGAACCCAUAUGUAUUGCCAACUCGUGGCUUCUUGGACUCCUGACCACUGGUGUAGGAUCCCUCGGGUUGGCCCCGAUGACGAGGCCGUAUAUUUGAAUAUUCGCUCAAACAUGGUGAAGGUGUACAAGAACGCAGAAAUAUGGCAUACUCAAUGUUUCGUGAACCAUACACUGGAAUAUGUUGUUUUAAGCAAGCAUCGAAAGGUAGCUAGGAAGAGAUCCAUGGAUUUCCUCGCCCGUGACCUUUCUGAAUGUGAACAUGGAUGGUUGUAUAACAGGAGUUGGCUGGGGAAUGUGGAUAGUAUAGUUUCGGAGCAUACCUAUCAUGAACAUCUUGAACUGACACUCCACACCUGUGCCUCUCUGGUCUUGGGCUUUAAGUUCGAUUCUCUGCUUGUGGCGUCCUUGGUCACCCCCUUUAUUUCAUUUCCUAUUGCCUCCUAUCAUUCGUCCAGACCACUUAUGUCUGUGCCUUCGGGCUUACUUGUCAUGAGCCGGACAAGUUGCAUCAAAUGCAAUAUUUCGGCAUAA